UGGCAAUGGCCCAGCUGAAAGAGUGAGUGAAUUUUCAAUAGUGCUUUGUAAUUCGCAAGGGAUUGAGCAUGUCGAGCGAGCGAACACUACGUGGAAAUCCCACAAACGGAAACGAGUCCAACAAUAAUAACAACAACAACAACAACAAAUUGAAAGUCACCCAGAAGAUCAAGAAACGAGAUCGUGCUGAGCCGAUAAUGAAAGGUUGGCUCAUGAAGUGGACCAACCUGGUCAAGGGAUUCCAGCGACGUUGGUUUGUGCUCUCCAGUGGUGUGCUCAGCUAUUACCUCGAACCGUCGGAGGUGAAUCAAUCCGAAGCUCGUGGCACCAUCAAGCUUAAAGAUGCUCUCAUCGAACACGUUGAUUCCUGCACAUUUGUUAUCUCAGAUGCGAGCGGGAACAUCAGUUUUCGCAUCAAGGCAGCGUCAGAAGUGGAGCGGCAGUCUUGGAUUAUGUCAUUGGAGCUGGCCAAGGGAAGCAAGCCCAGAGAAGCUACUGAAGAUGCAGGAAAGGGCCAGCAACUGAGAAGACGACGCUCCCGAGUGCCAGAUAAACCAAAUUAUCCACUCAGCCUCUGGUCAAUUGUGAAGAACCUCAUUGGCAAGGAUCUGACCAAAAUCCCCAUGCCCGUCAAUUUCAAUGAACCGCUUUCGAUGCUGCAGCGACUGACGGAGGAUUACGAGUACGCCGAUAUACUGGACAUUGCCUCUGCCUGCACGGAUGAGUGCGAGCAGUUGGCCUAUUUGGCCGCCUUCACAGCCUCCUCGUAUGCCACGACAACGAAUCGCAGUGGCAAACCCUUUAAUCCCCUCCUGGGUGAGACCUUCGAGUGUGAUCGCACGGAGGAUCUCGGCUGGCGUUGCUUGGCGGAGCAGGUCUCCCAUCAUCCACCAAUUGCAGCUCUGCACUGCGAGAGCAAGGAAUGGGUUUGUUGGCAGGAAUUCACCAUGACUAGCAAAUUUCGUGGCAAGUAUUUGCAGAUAAUUCCCCUGGGACUUGCCUACGUUUCCUUCCGCAACAGCGGGAAUCGUUAUUCCUGGCGCAAGGUGACCACGACUAUAAAUAAUAUUAUAGUAGGCAAGCUCUGGGUGGAUCAGCAUGGAGAGAUGGAGAUUGUGGACGCCAAUUCAGCGAAUGGCAACAAGUGCAUCCUCAACUAUGUGCCCUACUCCUAUUUCGGCCGUGAGGCGCAACGCACCGUCAAGGGCGUGGUAAUCAAUCGGAACAAGGAAGUGAAGUGGUUGAUUCGCGGCACCUGGGAUGACCAAAUCGAAAUAGCACCCGUGUUGAGGACCCAUGGCACUCUGGAUAAUCCCAGCUACACCACCGGCGAGUACAAGACUGCUUGGAAGCGUCGUCCGGCUCCCGAAGACUCUGAGAAGUUCUACAACCUCACCACAUUGGCCUGUCAGCUCAACGAACCGGAGGAAGGCGUUGCGCCCACAGAUUCCCGUCUGCGACCGGAUCAGCGACUGAUGGAGGAAGGCGCUUGGGAUGCGAGCAAUGAUGAGAAACUGCGUCUGGAGGAGAAGCAGCGUGGUGUGAGAAGGCAACGUGAGGCGGAGGCAAAACAAGCAGCUGCCUCCGGCAGAGAUUAUCCAGCCUAUGAGCCAUUGUGGUUCAAGCAACAGAAGGUGGAGGGCACCGAGAGUUCAAUGCAUGUGUACAACAAUAAAUAUUGGGAGGCAAAGGCAGCCCAAGAUUGGAGCGGUUGUCCGGAUAUCUAUUAAUAGCGACAAUAUACAAUCAUCAAUAAUAUCUAAUCAGGUUUUUGUUUGCUUUUUGAAAUAAAGAAACGAACAAUGAGUUUUCCGUUGAGCUGAGUAA